AGAAAGAAAGAGAGAGAAGAAGACGACGACGACGACGACGACUCAUCCGCUUCUCCUUCUUCUUCUUCUCCCGAGCCGCCUCUGCCUUGCUUCUCUGUCCAUAAAAGCACCGAGUCCACCCACCCCUCCCGUCUCCUCCUCUGUUUCUUCUUCUUCUUCCAUUCCAUCCUCCUCCCACCUUGCCUAGUUGCACUAGCAGGAGGGGGGACUGACUGACUGAUUGGUUGAUUGAUCAAUCGAUGGCCAUCGACCACGAAUCGCCGUUCAAGGAGCUCCGACUCAAGAACAGGAGGAUCAUGGGAGGAGGAGGCCCUGAGCCGGAGGACGACGAGGCGGCGGCGGCGGUGGCGCACGGGGAGCAGUGGCCGCGGUGGCUGCGCCCGCUGCUCUCGGCCCGCUUCUUCGCGCAUUGCAAGGUGCACGCCGACUCGCACCGGAGCGGCGAGUGCAACAUGUUCUGCCUCGACUGCGCCGCCGACGCCGACGCCGGCACCGCCGCGCUCUGUUCCCUCUGCCUCGCCGACAGCCACCGCGACCACCACACCAUCCAGAUCCGGCGGUCGUCGUACCACGACGUGAUCCGGGUGUUGGACAUCCAGAAGUUCAUGGACAUCGGCGGCGUGCAGACGUACGUCAUCAACAGCGCGCGCGUCGUCUUCCUCAACGAGCGGCCGCAGCAGAAGCCCGGCAAGGGCAGCGUCGCCAACAUCUGCGAGGUGUGCAGCCGCAGCCUCCUCGACAACUUCCGCUUCUGCUCGCUCGGCUGCAAGGUCGUCGGCUGCUCCCCCGACGGCAAGAAGCUCACCAGGAGGAAGCGCCUUCGCCGCGCCAUGGGCUCCACCUCCGACUCCGACGGCUCCACCACCCCGGCCAAGCGGAGCUUCACGCCGUCCACCCCACCGCCGCCGCCGACCAUGCCAGCGAAGCGCCGCAAGGGCAUUCCGCACCGGGCGCCGUUCGGCAGCCUCAUCAUCUGAGCACCCGCCAUUAUUCCCAAGAAUCUGCAACACCCAACGCGUGCAGAAUUGCAGAGUGAAUGGGAAUUGCAUUGCAAAGCGGCCGCCACUUCGGCGUCUGCCUGCCUUUGCCUUUGCCAUUGGCAUUGCCAUUUGCCUUUUGGUGGUGCUUCUCGAGGUGGAUGCCAUUAGCUUUUGCAAAGAAAGGAGGAUUGGAGGAAGAAGAAAGGGUACAAAGGCACUAGCUUUUCCAUCGCUAAUUGCUCCAUUACUACUAGGACAGAUUAAAAAUUAAAAUACAGACAGAAUAUGUAUACAUCUUUAAAUUAGUGACCCUCUUUUGUUCAAGUUCUUCUUUAUAGUCUUUUCAUUCUGAGAUGUUUCAAUUUAGUUGUCUUUGAGAAAGUUUGAGUAGAUUUGUAGGUAAAACUAAUACUAGCGGAUUAGCAGUGAUAAUAAGUACUGGUAGCUACCUGGUGGUGUUCUAAGUUUUGUGAUGGCUGCUAACUAAUACUGGUGGUUGCUAUUGCUUACUAGUGGUGCUUUGUUUCAGUUCAUCUGUAAAUAUGGGAUGGUCCAAGAGGGCAUGAAAGAUCUUUGCUUGAAAA